UCAGUCAUCAUCGAGCGAGAGACUUCUCUUCUUCUGAUUUUGGGAAUUCACAGAACGAAAAACGUCAACGCGUCAACCACGCGCUCUCCUGCUCGAGUGAAGUAUAAUUCCCCCCCGCCCACUCACUGAGUCUUCUCCUCCGCCAAGCCCGCCGCCGCCAACGGCGGGGCCGCCACGGCCAACGGCUCGUUCCCGGCCACCAAGGGCCAGCUCUACGGCGGCGCCGCCCGCUCCGCCUACAACCCCCAGCCCAUGAAGAGCAGCCGCCGACACCGCCGCGGCUGCUGCUGCCGGUGCUGCCUCUGGACCACCGUCGCCCUCCUCGUCGUCCUCCUCCUCGCCGCCGUCGCCGCCGCCGUCUUCUACGUCCUCUACCGCCCGCACCGCCCGGCUUUCGCCGUCACCUCCCUCAGGGUCUCCUACAUCAACAUCUCGUCCUCCUCCACCCUCAGCUCCAAGUUCGACCUCGCCGUCUCGGCUCGGAACCCCAACAGCAAGCUCGUGUUCGUCUACAGCCCGAUAUCGGUCUCCGUCCUCAGCGCCGACGGCGGCGGCGUCGACCUGGGCGACGCGACGAUCCCGUCCUUCGUGCACGGGAAGAAGAACACGACGCUGCUGAAGGCGUCGAUCGCCAGCAACGGCCGGCAAGUGGACAGCGGUGACGCGAGCGCGCUGAAGUCGGGCCUGAAGAGCAAGAGCGGGCUGGCCCUGAAGAUCAGGCUGGACACGAAGGUGAGGGUGAAGAUCGGAGGCCUGAAGACGCCGAGGGUGGGAAUCCGAGUCACCUGCGGCGGCAUCAGGGCUACCGCUCCGGCGGCCGGGAAGGCGGCGGCGGCGGUGUCGACGGCGAGCGUAAAGUGCAAGGUGGACACGAGGAUCAGGAUCUGGAACUGGACGCUGUAAGGAAA